AUGACCAAGGACAAUCACGAGGGCAGGGACAAUCUCUUCAAGCCAAAACCGGGCCGUAUCCGCGGCCAGGGUGGCGCAAAGGCGAAAAGCUACCUGAACCAGGUGCUUCACCGGAUUUCAGCGGAAGGUGCGGGCGCUGCCGGAGCGAGCCGAUCGACCGGCUUCACGGGCAAGAGGAUCGGACGCGGCAAUGAUUGGCUGAACCGGCAUCGGGCCGGAUACAGAUUUUCGGCCGCGUCCCGCCGGGUCGUCAUCAAGUCCCGGAUCGUCAAAUUGGCGGCAAAGGGAGGGACGGGCGGUCUUGGCGCGGCGCGCGCGCACCUGCGUUACCUUCAGCGCGACGGUGUCUCUAAAGAAAACGAAGCCGGCCGGCUUUAUGAUACCAAGAGCGAUGAGGCCGAUGGUGGCGCCUUUCUGAAACGCAGCGAGAACGACCGGCACCAGUUCCGCUUCAUCGUUUCACCCGAAGACGCAAUCGAGCUCGAGAACCUCAAACCCUUCGUUCGCGAUCUGAUGCGGACGAUGGAACAGGAUCUCGGCACCAGGCUCGACUGGGUGGCCGUCGAUCAUUUCAACACCGCCCAGCCCCAUUCCCAUAUUUUGCUGCGGGGCCGGGACGAUCAGGGUCAGGAUCUUGUUAUUGCCCGGGACUAUAUCGGUCAUGGCAUACGCCGGCGCGCAAGCGAACUCGUGACGCUAGAGCUUGGACCCCAAACGGAGCAGGAACUCCGGCGCAAACUCGAGCGGCAGGUUGACCAGGAGAGGUUCACCGAUCUCGACCGACGCCUGCUCCGUCAGUGCGAAGACAGCCUGCUCGAUUUGCAUGCUGAUACAAACCGCGGCAAAGCGCACGGCGGGCAAUCGCUUGAGAUCGGACGGCUUCGUGUGCUGGAGCGGCGGGGCCUUGCAAAUGAACUUGCCGCCGGCAAGUGGCAACUCUCCCCAAACCUGGAAACAACCCUCCGUCGCACCGGCGAUCGCAGCGACAUCAUCAAGACCAUGCACCGGGGGCUUAAGGCGGCGGGCCUGGAUGCGGGCGCGAGCGACUACGCCAUCUUUGAUCCUGCCGAUCCUCGCAGCACGAAAUUCAUCGGCCGGAUCGCCGACCGCGGGCUGCAGGAUGAACUGAAUGAGGGCCACUAUCUCCUGGUCGAUGGCGCAGACGGCCGUGUCCAUCACGUUGCCCUCGAUCCGCGCCAGGAUAUGGAAGACCUGCCAUUGGGAGCGGUCGUCGAGAUAGUAUCGGCAGGGCGGGGCACUCAACAAGCCGACCGCACCAUUGCAGAGAUCGCAAAGGGGAAUAGCGGGAUCUAUUCGCCUGAUGCGCACCUGAGCCAAGACGGUACAGCGUCGCCGGAUUUUGCCCAGGCGCAUGUGCGCCGGCUCGAAGCCUUGAGGCGGCAGGACGUCGUUCAGCGCAAUGCCGACGGCUCGUGGGAGAUACCGGACGAUUUCGAGGAACGUGCCAUGGCCCUCGGAGCAAAAGCUGCGCGUUAUCCUGCCCGUAUCAGAACGCUCUCUUAUCUUUCCCUCGAGGCCCAGGUCGAUGCGAAAGGCGCCACCUGGCUUGAUCGGCAGCUCGUCGAAGUUGACCCGCUGCCACUGCGCGGUGGCCGAUUUGGGGAUCUUGCCCGCUCAGCGAUGCUGCGUCGGCAGGAGAACCUGUUAGCCCAAGGCCUGGCAGAACGGCAGGAAAAGGGGAUCCGCUAUCGCCGCAACCUGCUGCAACUCCUCAGGCAACGGGAGCUGGAAGCGGCUGGCGCCGAGCUUUCCAAGAAAACCGGCCUCUCCUUUGUAGAAACCCCGGACGGGGCACGCGCGGAAGGGAUCUACAAACGCUCGGUGAAACUGGCGAGUGGCCGCUUCGCUAUUCUCGAAAAUGCGAGAGAGUUCACGCUGGUUCCGUGGCGACCAGUGCUUGAACGCCAGCUCGGAAAGACGGUCUCCGGACGCUUGCGAGGAUCAAACAUUUCCUUCGAUGUUUUGCGCAAACGCGGGCUUGGGAUCGGGUAA